AUGGAACCCCGGAGUCAAACUUCUCAAGUCCGGAAACGUCAGAGAGAAGGCUCACCUGGAGGGGCCCCGAGAGAGGACAGUCUUCCACAGUCUUUGUUGCUUCAGUCGUUACCCAAAGUCAGUCUUCCGCGAAUCACCAUUGCCAAACCUCGAGGUCGUCGCGCCAUCAGGGCGUGUAUCAGUUGCAGAGAGCAGAAAGCAAAAUGCAAUGGAGGGGUGCCGUGUGAACGAUGCCGUGAGUUGAGAACGGAAUGUGUGUUUGUAGCUAAAAAAACUCGACUUAAAAGACGUUUACAAGAUCUUGAGCAGCGGGCGAAGGAAUUCUACCGGUUGCUGCGGCAAUUAUACCCUAGAGUUGACCGGAAGGAUCAGGCGCUGAUUGACAGGGCUCUUGAAAGAGAGACGCCUCCUGGUAGUGUUAGUCCCCUCAGUGAAUCCUCGGCCGACGGUACCAUUCGCCAUGCGACUCUCCCUGCCGAUCCAGUCGACGAAGACUUCAACAAGGACAAGAUAACCCGAGCGACUGGGUUUGUGGGUCCACAUUCUGAGAGGUCCUGGUUGCAUCAGCUGAAACGCAAGGGCAUGCGGUACAACGGAUCGCAUCUUGGUUCGGAGACGUCAAGUGGCCCCGCCGCAGACUCAAUCAGUUCUGUGGACUAUUUCCUGGACGGCCAGGACUUGUCGGUUGAUUUCUCGGUGCAGCCAUACGCGAUUCCCCCUCGAGAUGUUGCGGACGAUCUUCUGAACACCUACUUUGAUAUGGUACAUCCCGGCCUUCCAAUCAUUGGCAAGACCGUGUUCCUACACCAGUAUCGUCGGCAUUACACGGAGCCCCUAUCCAGCCCACCGAAAAAGUGGCUGGCUAUCCUCAACUUCAUUCUCGCUGUGGCCGCUCAACACUCGAGUCUUGCCUCAACCGUCAAUAACAAUGACGAAUGGCAUGACCCCUUGCUCUACUUCUCCCGAGGAAGCAAGCUGGGGUUAGCCGACAAUCACUUGUUCCCACACCCUGAUAUUCAACAAGCGCAGAUCGAAGCUCUGGCUGCAUUAUACCUUUUGACCAUAGGUCAAGUAAACAGGGCUUGGAGAAUGUCUGGCCUGGCAGUUCGCUCCGCUGUUGCCAUGGGUCUUCACCUGCGGAGCGUCAGCAGAGAGACCUUGGACAUCUCGAAAGAGCUUCGCUGUCGUGUUUGGUGGUCCGUCUACAUUCUCGAAACGACCCUGUCGCUCAUAACAGGUCGACCAUAUACCUUGGCGGAUCGGUUCUGCACUGCACCCUUGCCUCUGCCAUUUGAUGAGGAGCAGUUCCGUGAUCCUCCUGUUGCUCGCUUGCUCAAAGAUCAAGAUGCACGAAAUAACUUCAUCCGCCAUCUGUUGCUGGCGCGGCCACGAAAGUCAGGGGUGGGACCUCCUUUCGUCGUCCCAUGCCACUCGCUAUACUUCCUCCACACGGUCGAAAUCGUUCGUAUCAAACGACGUGCGAUCGACAAGCUCUACGCACCGGGGAAGCCAGGGCGAAGAAGGCACUCUGCAGGAGAAACCACCGACGAGCUUGUUGAUAGUGUCAACACUUGGCGGUUAAAUUUACCUGAAUAUUUCCAAUUCGCACGCUCCAAGGCGGAUUCGGGUUUUCAACGCGAGCGAUUCUGCCUUGCGCUCCAGUUCUAUAGCGCGAAAAUCACCAUUGGGCGCAUCGCGCUGCACCGCGACCGUCCCCGAUCAUCGCAGGGCUACCGCUCUCUGAGCCCUCCGUUGAAAGAGAUGGCCAACAUAUGCAUAGCCUCCGCGUUCAGCAUGCUCGCCCAAUUACCGGAUGAGCCCGAUCUUGUCUGGCUUACACGCAUUGCUCCGUGGUGCUGUAUCUUGCAUGACGUCAUGCAGUCGCUCGCUGUGCUGUUGAUCGAGUUGGACUCUCGCAUCAGACAGGGGAACAAGGACAUAGCACCGAUUCUGACGUCGAUACAGAAAGGAAUGCACUGGCUCUUGGCAAUGGGUUCUCGCCAUGCGCCGUCACAGCGCGCAUGGCAGAUCUGCCAGGAUCUAUAUCUGCGUCUGAAUCCUACCAUGACACCCUUGGCUCUUCGUAGCUCAUGA